AUGGUGCGGGGAGCUCACGAUGAGUUGGUAUCCCAAUUCUGUGCUAUGUCUGGCACAGAUCCCUCAACAGCACAAGAAUACCUAUCAGCCAACGAAUGGGACCUCGAAGCCGCAGUGACCGAAUUCUUUGCCGAGCAAGACGAAGCUAUGCAAGGCGCAAACACAGGCGCAGGCCAGCGUUUGGGAGCCGAGACAGGCCCAUCCGUCGGCCAUUCGCUCGGCGGCAGUUCUUCUCAGUCGCCAUCCACUACCCCGCAACCGUCCUCCCGGAAAACCGGACCGAAAAAGAGAUUCGCAACACUGGGGGAUUUUGCUUCGGGGGCUGGUGAAUCUUCGGAAGAGGAGGACUCGGUGAAUCAGGAUUUCUUUGCCGGUGGGGAGAAGUCUGGACUGGCUGUGCAGAACCCCGACGACAUCAAGAAGAAGAUCAUCGAGAAAGCCAGGAGAACGCAACUGCCCCCCUCGGAAGAGCCCAGCAGACAGUCCCACUUCACCGGCACAGCUCGUACCCUUGGCGGGGAUGAUGCUCCCAGCAGGGUCAUCGAUGCUCCAAGCGCGCCGGUUGCUCAAGUGCCACAGCGAGUACAGAGGACUCUUCACUUCUGGGCCGACGGAUUUUCGGUUGACGACGGCGAGCUUUAUCGCUCUGAUGAUCCUCGAAACGCGGAGAUCUUGGAGGGCAUUCGACAAGGUCGUGCUCCGCUCUCGAUCAUGAACGUACAGCCUGGGCAGGAGGUGGACGUCGAGAUCAACCAGCACGAGGAGAAGUACGUCAAGCCUAAGCCUAAGUAUAAGCCCUUUUCCGGACAAGGACAACGACUGGGAAGCCCUACGCCCGGUGUGCCGGCCUCCGACUCGGCUACAACCCAAGCUCCGGCCGCUGCACCCCAGGCCUCCGAGCCACCUAAGCCCGAUGUUGAUGAAUCUCAACCCACCAUUACCCUGCAAGUUCGUCUUGGUGAUGGCUCCCGGCUCACGUCUCGCUUCAACACCACCCACACGAUCGGGGAUGUCUACGAGUUUGUGGCGGCCUCCACCUCCGAUACCCAGUCCCGUUCUUGGGUUCUGAUGACUACAUUCCCUAGCAAGGAUCUUACGGACAAGAGUGCUGUGUUGGGAGAUAUGGCAGACUUCAAGCGGGGUGGGGUUGUGGUCCUCUCCGGCAAAGGCGGCGUCGGCAAGUCCUCGGUAACCCUCCAACUCGCCCUCGCGCUCUCGCUGCAAGGCAAAUCCGUCGGGAUUCUCGACAUCGACCUGACGGGGCCGUCGAUCCCUCGCCUGGUCGGCCUCGAAGAUGCAAAGAUCACUCAAGCCCCCGGCGGCUGGCUACCUGUGCCGGUGCAUACCGGCAUAGAUGAUCCCUCGUCCUCCUCCUCGUCAAUCACCACCACCACCACCACCACCGAAACCACAACCAGAACCACAACCCCCCGCGGCCCCCUAAACUGCAUGUCCCUAGGCUUCCUCCUCCGCUCCCGCUCCGACGCCGUAAUCUGGCGCGGCCCCAAAAAGACCGCGAUGAUCCGACAAUUCCUGUCCGACGUCCUCUGGGGUCCCACAGACUACCUCUUGAUCGACACGCCGCCCGGCACAAGCGACGAGCACAUCGCGCUAGCCGAGCAGCUUCUCACGCUCUGCAGCACCACACCGCAGCAGCAGCAGCAGCAGCAGCAGCAACAGCAACAGCCACGUCUCGCGGGCGCCGUGCUGGUGACGACGCCGCAAGCGAUCGCGACCUCGGACGUGCGCAAGGAAGUCAACUUCUGCGUGAAAACCAACAUCCCCACGCUGGGCGUCAUCGAGAAUAUGUCCGGGUAUACGUGUCCGUGCUGCGGGGAGGUGACGAAUCUGUUCUCCAGUGGGGGUGGGGAGGUCAUGGCGCGGGAGAUGGGCGUGCGGUUUUUGGGCAGCGUGCCCGUUGAUGUUGGGUUUGGGGCUUUGGUUGAGGGGAAGGGGAUCGGGGAGGAGGGAGAUGAUUCUGAUGUUGAGGAGGAAGAUAGCGGCAAAGAAAUUGAGGGCGGGAAGGAGGGGGAGACGCCUGUUGAGGAUACGAGGCCGCUGGUCGAGAGGUAUCGGGAGGGUUGGUCUUAUGGGCGGUUUGAGGCGUUUGCGAAGACGUUGAUCUCUGAGAUCGAGGGGUAG